UGGUAACUACUGAUAAUCACGUGGCUACCGGCUACCAGUGAAAAUAACAGCAGAGGAUAGGAGAGUACAGGAAAGUAAGGAGAGAACAACGUGCAGGAGAUUCCAGACUCAAACCCAGAUCCCUGCAGAAGUCUUUUAUGGACGGAUUGCUCCUCAGCCAGAAGGAGUUACUACACAGCUUUGGUGUUUAAAAUACCGAGCCUUUUUUGUCCUGUUCAUGGUAGAAAAGUGAGAGAAGAUUUUCCAACAUGCAGGCUGCAGGUGACUUUCUAAAUGUAUUCAACACUGAGGCCAGCAAGAUAUCUGUGACACUCUUCCUCAUUUUUCUUGGUCUCCUCUACUGGUAUUCAGUCCGUCCCUUCUCAGUCCUCUCACGAUGUGGCAUCAAACAUCCAAAGCCAGUGCCUUUCUUUGGGAACUUAUUUAUGUUUCAGCAGGGUUUUUUCAAACCUCUGAAUGAUCUUAUCAAAACAUAUGGUAAAGUAUGUGGGUAUUAUUUGGGCCGCAGACCAGUGGUAGUGGUAGCAGACCCUGAUAUGCUCAGACAAGUGCUGGUGAAGGACUUCAGCAGCUUCCCUAAUAGAAGGAGAUUUGUGUUUGCCAAAAAGCCUAUAUCCGAUUGCUUGCUCCAGUUAAAGAAUGAACGCUGGAAACGAGUGCGGAGCGUCCUGACCCCAUCUUUCAGUGCUGCCAAGAUGAAAGAAAUGGUUCCGCUCAUCAAAACAGCCACUGAUGCCCUGAUGAAGAAUCUGAAUGUCCACGCUGAGUCAGGAGAGGCCUUUGACAUCCAUAGAUACUUUGGCUACUUUACCAUGGAUGUUAUUGCCAGUGUGGCAUUUGCAACUCAGGUGGACUCGCAGAACAACCCAGAUGACCCGUUUGUCCAACACGCUCAGAUUGCCUUCACCAAUAAUUUCUUCAGGCCUAUUUUGUUACUUUUCUUUGCUUUUCCCUCCAUCAUGGCUCCUCUGUCGAGGUUCAUACCCAGCAAAAGACAAGACAAGAUGAAUAAUUUCUUCAUUAACAGCAUUCACAAAAUCAUCAAACAGAGAGAGGAGCAGCCUCCUGAGCAGAGGCGUAGAGACUUCCUUCAGCUGAUAUUAGAUGCUCGAGCCACUGAAGAGUGUGUGUCAUUGGAGCACUUUGACACAUCAAACGAUGCUCAUGAGACUGAUGUCAGGAACCAGCAGACCCAGUCUUCAGGCACAGUUCAAGAAAACGGGAGCCAGCAGGAGCAGUCUGUCAGGCGUCCACAGAAAAAGAUGAUGACUGAGGAUGAGAUUGUUGGUCAGGCAGUAAUCUUCCUCCUGGCAGGCUAUGAAACCAGUAGCAACACUCUGGCGUUCACCUGCUACCUCUUGGCCCUCCACCCUGAAUGUCAACUCAAAGUACAGAAAGAGGUGGAUGAUUUCUACACUAGACAUGACUCACCUGAUUACACAAAUGUGCAGGAGCUGAAGUAUUUGGACAUGGUUAUAUGUGAAGCAUUACGCCUCUACCCUCCUGGAUUCAGGUUUGCACGAGAAAUAGAACAUGACUGUGUGGUGAAUGGUCAGCAACUUCCUAAAGGAGCAAUACUGGAUAUCCCUGCAGGCUUCCUCCAUUAUGACCCAGAACACUGGCCCGAGCCUGAGAAGUUCAUUCCUGAGAGGUUUACACCAGAGGCCAAGGCCGCUCGACAUCCAUUCGUAUACCUACCAUUUGGAGCUGGCCCUCGUAACUGUGUGGGAAUGAGACUCGCCCAGCUUGAAAUCAAAAUGGCUUUAAUGCAUCUGUUCCACAACUUCAGCAUAAAAGCCUGUUCUGAUACUAAGGUCCCUCUUGAGUUGAAGUCAUCCAGCACUCUUGGACCCAAAAAUGGUGUUUUUGUGAAAAUCACAAGAAGAGAACAAGGAGCUCAUCUGUCAUCAGCUGAUUAAAUCAUUUACACCAUACUGAAACAUAACAAUCUCUUACUGUAUGUCCAUCAGUUCAGUGGCACUUGUUUCAUUUAUAGUCAGGACUUGGUAGAUGUUUGAAAAAAUGCAACACUGAAAUAUUUAGACUUAAAUAUAAUAAGGGAUUGACUGAUAAUUAAUGCAAAUGUUUCUCAGGCACAUAUAAAUUGUAAUUUUGUGAUUACAACUGUUUGAGAAUGAGAGAAAUGAAACAUGACAAUAUAUCUGAUAUUAUUCUUUAU